AUGAUGACUCCGGUGAAGAAAAAUUUCUCCAUUAGACCGGCGGAGUUCUACGGAAACGGUCUUCCCCGACCUCGUUUCUUCGAUAAUCCUCAGUUCAACUCUCACCGUGUUGAUCCUCCUCUCUCUGUUCUCGAUCCGCUUCUCWCUUGGGCCAGAGGCGCUCACUGGUCCAUGGGUGGCCUCAACUUCACGCGCCUCCGUCUCCAGGGUCGAAUCGAAGGAAACGUCAACAAACUCCGAGCCCAGCUCGAGCAUUCCACUCCUGUCAAACCCCAAAGUUCCGAUGAGAAGAAAAAGAAGAAGAGAUCUGGAUCUGAGUCUCCCCCUGCGACUCCGAUUGUGGUGAAACGGCGAAGGUAUUUAGAUCUGAACGAUGAUGAUGAUGAGAUUAGAUCGGAAGACGAAGGUGUGACUAGAAUCAGGAGGAAACUCUCUGUUGAUUUCGAUCGAGUCGCUCAAGAGAAGGAGACCAAUCCCACUAAGAAAUCGAUUGCACAGGAAUCAUCUGGGAAGACUGAGAAAGUGAAUGAGAAAAGCUCAACGAGGACAUCUCCAAGAUUGGCCAAGCAUACAUCUACUUAG